CAGGGUUUAAUUUUUUGGCUCUCUACGCGUCUUUCUCCUGCAGGUCCAAAUCAUUUCUACCCGGCUUGUCGGGACAGCGUCGGAGUCGUGGAGUCUCCGCAGUCACGUGAUUAGGACAGGAGCGAAGAGAGUGUGCAUGAAUAUAUAUAAAUAUUUUGUGUGUAUGUGAGCGUCUCUCCGUGUGUAGUUAGAGGGGUGUCCCUCCUCCGCAUUUUUUUCUGCUUGCCAUGCUUUAGACGCCGGAGCGCAGGGAAAGAAGCGAGAGUGAGAGAGAUGCGUCGGUCUCUCUCACCGGGCUACCUGUGUUUUCAGUCUUACCUCGGGUCCCCAUCGGUUACUCGUGCUUUAGAGCUCACCUUCCAGUGGUCCGCUUCUUUUUUUUUCUUGGUUUAGAAAUUAAAAAAUAAAUAAAUAAAAAGAAAAGAAAGAGAGAGAGAGAGAGGAAAAAAACUUGAUCUCGCUUCUGUAGGGUUUCACACGGGUCUAUUCUGCCAGGAGGACCAUCGUUGUUUCUUAUUGGGUUUUGAUCAUCUUUUUUCCUUCCUUUUUCUUUUUUACCCUUCGGGUGUUCCGUUUGGACAGACUAACACAGCCGAGCUGAGCUUGGAUGAGCCGCCUCACUGAAAUCCCGAGAUGGAGUUGCUGCUGAUCUGCCUUUCCUUGUGGAUAUUGCAAUGCAAUUCGGCCAAAGCGGACUCAAUCAUUCAUAUCGGUGCCAUAUUUGAGGAAAACGCUGUGAGAGAUGACGAGAUUUUCCAACUUGCCAUCUCAGACCUGAGUCUGAACGACGACAUUCUGCAGAGCGAGAAAAUCACCCACUCUGUGAAACUUAUAGAGCCAAACAACCCUUUCCAGGCUGUGCAGGAAGCUUGUGAGUUGAUGAACCAGGGCAUCCUUGCUCUGGUUACAUCCACAGGCUGUGCAGCUGCAAGUGCCCUGCAGUCUCUAACAGAUGCAAUGCACAUUCCCCACCUCUUCAUCCAAAGAAAUGGAGAUGGCGCACCCCGCACUGCCUGCCAGCUCAACCCCAGCCCAGACGGAGAGAGCUACACGUUGGCUGCCCGUCCACCUGUUCGAAUCAAUGAUGUCCUCCUUACCCUCAUCUCAGAGUUGCACUGGCAGAAGUUCAUCAUCUUUUAUGAGAGCGAUUACGAUAUCCGGGGUUUGCAAACCUUCAUGGACCAGGCGUCUCGGCUCGGUCUGGAUGUUUCCUUGCAGAGGGUGGACCGCAACGUCAGUCGAGUAUUUACUGACCUCUUUAACACAAUGCGGACUGAGGAGCUCAACCGGUAUCGGGAUACUUUACGACGGGCUGUGUUGCUCAUGAGCUCUCGAGGUGCACAAGUUUUCAUCCACCAGGCAGUAGAAACGAACCUGGCAUCCAAGGACAGUCACUGGGUCUAUGCCAAUGAGGAGGUGAGUGACGCAGACAUCAUGGAGCUGGUUCACAGCUCUCUGGGGCGGAUGACCAUCAUCCGUCAGAUCUUCCCACUGUGGAGAGACACCAAUGUCCGUUGCAUAAGGAAUAAUCAUCGUAUUUCCUCCCUGCUGUGCGACCCACAGGAAGGCUACCUGCAGUCCCUGGAGGUUUCUAAUCUGUACUUGUAUGACAGCGUGUUGAUGCUGGCAAACGCCUUCUAUAGGAAACUGGAGGACAGGAAGUGGCACAGUAUGGCCAGUCUUAACUGCAUGAGGAAGUCCACAAAGCCAUGGAAUGGAGGAUGGUCUAUGCUGGACACUAUUCAAAAGGGACGGAUCAGUGGCCUGACAGGACUAAUGGACUUCCGCGCUGAAGGCUCCAAUUCUCAUGUACAGUUUGAAAUCCUUGGGACCAGCUACAGUGAGACAUUCGGCAAAGAUGUUAAACGGCUGGCAUCAUGGGACUCCACUCGUGGUUUGAAUGGCAGCCUGAAGGAGAAUCGAAUAGAGAGCAGUAUGCAAGGAGUAACGCUCAAGAUUGUAACAUUACUGGAAGAACCUUUUGUGAUGGUGGCAGAAAACAUUCUGGGCCAACCAAAACGAUAUAAGGGUUUCUCAAUUGAUGUCCUGGACGCCCUCGCCAAGAUCCUGGGCUUCAAAUAUGACAUCUACCAAGUUGCAGAUGGAAAGUAUGGCUCAGCACUCCCUAAUGGAUCCUGGAAUGGCAUGAUUGGUGAACUUAUUGGCAAGCGAGCUGAUUUGGCCAUAUCUGCCAUCACAAUCACGCCUGAGCGCGAGAGUGUGGUCGACUUCAGCAAGCGAUACCUGGACUACUCUGUAGGAAUCCUGAUGCGGAAGUCAGAGGAAAAGAUCAACAUUUUUUCUCUGCUGGCACCAUUUGACCUGGCUGUGUGGGCUUGCAUUGCUGCAGCCAUCCCUGUGGUGGGCAUCAUGAUCUUUCUGCUCAGGCGGAUCCAGGCCGUACGCUGCCACAACAACACAGGAGCUCAUGCCACGCCAUCUGCCUCCACUUCCCUUCAGAGCGCUAUUUGGAUAGUUUAUGGUGCUUUUGUGCAACAAGGUAGCGACUCCAUCCUGGGCUCAGUGGCUCUGCGUAUCGUCAUGGGCAGCUGGUGGCUUUUCACCCUCAUCGUGUGUUCAUCAUACACAGCAAACCUGGCUGCAUACCUCACUGUGUCCCGCAUGGACAACACUGUCCGGUCAUUUCAGGACCUGUCCAAGCAGGUGGACCUGGUUUAUGGAACAGUAAGGGAUUCUGCUGUGUACGAAUAUUUCCAUGCCAAAGGCACCAACCCUCUGGAGCAGGACAGCACCUUUGCUGAACUCUGGAAGAUCAUUAACAAGAACAAUGGCUUUGAAAACUCUGUCUCCAGCCCUUCAGAGGGGAUCAAGAAGGCAAAGCGAGAAUCGUAUGCUUUUCUGUGGGACAUGGCAGUGGUGGAGUACGCUGCUUUGACAGAUGACGACUGCACACUGAUUAUAGCAGGAAACAGCAUGAGCACCAGAGGCUAUGGCAUGGCCCUGCAGCAUGGCAGUCCUUACAGAGACCUCUUCUCACAGAAGAUUUUAGAGCUUCAGGAAAAAGGUGAUCUUGACAUCCUGAAGCAGAAAUGGUGGCCAAAGAAAGGCCGUUGCGACCUGCAGAGUCAUACAGACGCUCAGCCGGAGGGACGAGCGCUGCGUCUCCACAGCUUUGCUGGAGUGUUCUGCAUCCUUGCUGCAGGGCUGCUGCUGGCCCUCCUGGUGGCUGCGCUGGAGACGUGGUGGAACAGCAACCACUGCAGGAGAGAGCAGCCCAAAGAGCAGGUGACUAAGGAUUACAGUCUGCAAAGGGUUUCUGGUCCAUUGACAUAUAAUGACAAAACAAGCACUUCGCCAGCGAGGCGGGACAUUUGGACAGACAGAGGGACAGACUGGGAGGAGGCUGAGGCUCUUGACACAGGACAAAGAGGUGAACCUGGAACAGGUCCACCAGCGUUUGAACAGUCUGCUGGACGAAGACUUAGCCCACAAGCAGCUGCCAGGCCAGUCUAUCGAGAUCUCCGCCCUGGACAUUGGCAGGAUGCAGCCCAGCCAGUCCCUGGAGGCCUUGUCUGUUCGGGACUACCCAGCACACCGGGGCCCACCCCCACUUUCUGUCACCACCUUCCUCCAGGAGGGUCAUGGGGCAGGAAGAACACUAGGCGCGUCCGCUGGCAGGACCUUACCCCUGCCCCUCAGCAGUGCUACAAUGCCCUCUAUCCGGUGCAAACACAGGGCACCGAACGGGGGGCUCUUUCGGCAGAGCCCAGUCAAGACACCCAUGCCAAUGUCCUACCAACCAGUGCCAGGAGGACCCAUCCCAGAAGCCUGUGACCGCAGCCACGGGACAUCCAUCUGAGCACAGUGAAUACUCAAAGACGCUCAAGCUCAAAACGUGGAGAGCUAAAACAGAGUGCCAGCUCCAUGAGGAGAAAUAGAUGAAAAAGGAAAAAAAAUAAAUAAAUAAAAAAAAAGAGAUUUUUAUUACCAGUGAUGAAGUCAGUGAGAUUACACUUCUUCACUGAGACUUUAAUGUACAUAUUUGUAAGUACAAAGAGAGAAGCAACAUAAAAAAGUGUAUUUUCAAUAUUAAACCGUUGAGUUUAAAAAAUAUAAAAGUAUUAAAAAAUGACUGUUCAAAUGGCUUUGUAAAUUUUGUCCUAAAUGAAUAAAGGUGACACUUCGUUGUGGUUGUUUUCUAAGUGCCAAGUUCAAAGAUGUUUUCUUUCAAAUCAAAAUUAACUGAAUGUACUGUGAGAAUUCAUGAAAAAGACAUUUCACACUUAAAAACACAAUGGAGGAGUUGAUUUUGUUUCAUAUGAAAAAUAAAAACCAUAACACUAAAGCA